AUGGCAGCGCUGAGCACGGCCUUUGCUAGCAUGAGCCUGGCGGGCAGCAGCAGCAGGACGAUGUCCUUCAAGUCUUCGGUCGGCGGCCAGCGGCUGGUGGCUGCCCGGCCGCAGCGUGCCGUGGCGGCGGCGGCGUUUGUGGUGGAGGCCAAGCAGAACUCCCUCAAGCGGCAGCGCACCUCGGAGAAGGCGCGGAUGAACAACAAGAGCCGCAAGAGCGAGAUCGCCACCCGCAUGAAGAAGGUGUUUGUGGCUCUGGAUGGCUACAAGGCUGCCCCGCCCGCGGCGGAGGCUGACCUGGCGCCCGUGCAGACGCUGAUCAACGAGGCCUACCAGGUGAUUGACAAGGCGGUAAAGACCGGCUGCCUGCACUCCAACACCGCGGCGCGGCGCAAGGCCCGCCUGGCGGCCGCCCGCCGCAACGUGCUGGUGGCGGCCGGCCUGUACACCCCCGCCCAGUAA